AUGUUCUCUCAAAUAAUCCGCCUGAGGAUCGAUGCAGUGAAAUCCUACGCCAUCGAAGGAAUAGCCACUGAGUUCAAGUUGGCUGAAAUGAUGCUUGACUCCUUACUGCCCAUCAUCAUCGACUAUGAACGUGAAGGAAAUACGGAAGACCAGGUAGUAUUUGCUUGGAGUGGUCCAUCAGGACUUGUUUCGGAUAUUUAUUAUUCUGGCAGUCCUUGUCAAGUUAGUCUUUCAUUUAUUGAUCGACUCCAGAAAGCCCGCAAUGAGCUUUGGAAAGGAUUACGUGCUCGUGAUAACCCGGAAGUUCUCUCAUUAAGACCCUGCUGGUCUCGCGGUCUUCCAAUCCAAUCGUUAGCCACUAAGUCAUGGUUGUAUCAUGCAUUGCAGCGCCCUGAAGAAGCACCAUUUCUAUCUUCAAGGGCUCACGAACUUUUGUUCAGCCCAGGACAUAUUAUCCUUGCCUCAGUACCACGGGAAGUUGAAACCGUGGGCAAGUUUGCGGAUAAUCUAGCCUUCAUAAUCCAUGCUAUUAUCGAAAAUGGAGAGCAGGCACACAAGGUAAAGUGGGUCACACGUAUUUGGGAGCACUAUUCGUCAAUUUUGGAAGCCAACACAUUGCAACUGGAGAUUUUCCAGGACUGGCUUGUUGGUCUCCUACGAAAAAUUCACUACAACAGAGAAGUCGAUUUGCACGAGAUCAUCAACCUUGUGCAUCCUUCUGUACUUCAACCGCCCAUUCUGUUGAUAUCGAAAGUUCCAACCGGACCAGAAGUGACAGAAUGGGACCCAGAAGAACCAUUGCAAGAUAAAUUGGUCGCUUACACACCUGAUAUUGACAAGGAAAGGCUGAAAGAGAUACCUUGCAUCUUUCUCAAUUACCGCAUGCAAUGCUCGAAUAAAUUUGCAGAUGGGGUUAUACGAACCAGAGAGAUAAAGCCUAAACAGAUGUCUAAUCCUGUCGCAAUUUGGUUGAAAAAUGCUUCAUUGUUCGUUACCAAAGACAAUAAUUACUCUGACAGCCAUCAAGAAGCAGCAAUAUUGUCUGCUCUGCUUUUCCUAGAUACCUUGACCCCACAGUCACGGCUCUUGCAGAAAAGCUUCCCGGGUAGUGAUUAUCCCCGCUACGGUUCAACAUACCUGGCCGACGAGUUUAUCACCCGGGUGACCAGAGCCGCAGAUCAAAGCCCAAUAAACAAGGCAAUUGAAGUUUUGAAGUGGAAUACUCAAAAUGUGUCAGCUGAAUUACUGCGAGAUCUCAUUUGCUCUUUCCUUGAUACACUGAAAGCUUUACCAAGUGCUUCAAACUAUCCAACGAUUCUGAAUGGUACGUUGCAAUUAACCGAGAUCUUGUUGAACAGCAGUCAACCGCAACUCGUGGUGGGAGUUGCAGUCAGAAUAUGGAAAGAGCUUGUUCGAGAUUCUUCAAGCCACCGCAAGGUGAGCCUUGUGAAGAUCGGAAGAUCUCUUACACCGGAGCAAGCCCGCCACCUAAUGCAGAGCCUUGUAACAUAUGCAUGUGAAACUCUCCAAAGCCAACAAACACCGAGCGACAGCCCAGAAAAGCCGUUUAUCAAGGUCACAACAGUGAAGAUGCUCGUUCAAAGUCUUGCCGAGGCGGACUUUCUUGCACCGUUUACUCGAGUGCAGCUUCUCGGCAGUAUGUGCGACGCUACAAACCACAUUGAUAUCCGCGUGGAGAUAAUAAAAUCUUUAUUCACGCUGAUAAGUCAAAAUAAGGCAGCUGGCUUAUUCAAUGUCCUAGCCAAGAUUUCUUCAUCUGCUGCAGGACCGAGUGAAAGAAAAGCUACCACUGACAAUGACUGGCGUAUCGCGGAAGCCGGGGGCUCACUGCCUUCUAUCCUGGGCUCUCAGCGUCCGAUAUUGGAUUUGCUUGUCUCAAAUGCUGCCCGAGAGAUACCGAAAGAACUUCAUUCGAAUUACGUUCAAAAGAUAGUGUUGCCUUUGGUGAUGGAGUCUAUUCGCCAACAUGCUCGAUGGAUGACACUCUUGCUCGCACGGCUCGGUCUCUCUUUGUCGGAUCUAGCAUUGACCGAUGGAGAUAUAGGUCCAUUCUCAUUUGAUCUAGUUGACCAAGUCCUUCGGAACUGGGCACGGUACCUUCCAAGCACGUAUCUGCAGUAUCACCGCAACUGGGGCCUUGCUUAUCUGCACCGCGACUCUUUCAAUCGAAUUACCAAGGCGCUUGCUGCGUGCACAGACCCGACGACAAAUGUUGCCAAUGUUCAAGACCACUGGCAAGAAUUUUUAAAUUCCCAGAACAGUCGAUUAUCUUUCAACUAUGCCUACCAAUUCCCCUCUCUGCUAGGCGGCAAGGAACCGAACGCUAUCACUGACGAGAUUUUCCUCGAGGACUUCGCAUCCCGCAUCGAAGUGUUCAGCAGGUCUCCGGUUGAAUACAAUUCCACGUUGAGAAUGUUUACUGUUCAUCCGGGGUCUACAUUGAAGAUCUUGCGGGGGGUGAGGAAGGCAAGAGAUGAGCUCAAUAACGAUCUGAGAUCGCUUUAUGCCUUUGCCACAAAUCUUAUGAGCAGUAUUUUCGACACCACCGAAAACGUCCGAAAAGAAGGAUGGUCGCCGAAGUUGACUACUCAUCCCAUGACUCUCCCAAGCAAAUUUGAAUAUGAGGUUGAGAUGCUUCCGUCGCCAUCCUGGAAACCGGAGUCGUCUAGGCCGGCGUUGGAUGAGUUUGUGUCAUGUAUCAUUGGAUUAAUCUCCAAAUACGCGGCAGAUCCUGUAUUGCUUAUGCAAAUUGAUGUCCUUACACCGAUCCUACUAGAGGUCAGACAAGAGGAUAGAGUAGCUUGCGCUUUACUUCUGGGAGAAAAUCUCAAAGACGAAAACAAUCCACACGAGAUCGUCGCGGAAUGGGUCAGGGUGAAGUUGGCAGUGAACCUUUUGCAAGCUGUGAAUAAAUGGAACGAGCCGCUGGAAGAGAGUGCACUGAACAUGAUCGAGGAAUGGAAAGGAAGCAAUGUUGCCAUGGUCAGGCAAAUUGCCUGGGAAUGGGACUGGAAAUGGGAAUGGAGUGCCUAA